AUUUCGUACUCACAACAUAUGUCGACUCUACGGUACGAGGUCAAGUAUAAAAUUGACAAUAAAUUGGGCCCGAUCUCUUGCCUUGCCUUUUCUGCGGAGGGCCAGACUCUGGCUGUUGGAUCCCACAGCCUCAUUACACUCUGGGAUAUGGAUACCGGAAGAUCUCCAUUGGUGUAUGAUGGCAAGUCAGAGGUGACCUGUUUGGAAUGGGGCCCCAACAACACCCUUUACUGCGGAUAUGAGUCAGGCUUCCUCACCGCAACAAAGGUGGACGUGUUAAGGCAGGAAUGGGUCACUGUUGGAUAUCAAGCAUCUACUGCGCCAUUGACGUCCAUAUCUGUGCAUCAGGCGGGAACUCAUCUUGCUAUUGCCACUGACGGUGGGGUUGGUCUCUGGGUUCUCAACAGCGCUAGUGGUGAUUGGCAGCAUCGGAAAACUCUCGAAAGCCCAGCAGUCAACGAUGUCGGCCCUGUGAAGGUUACUUCGUUGUUUUGGCCAAGCACAGAAGUCUCGAACAUCAAUACCAUUAUUAUAUCCUACGCCCACCACGGAGUCAUCGUCUGGAGUCUGGAACCCCAGGAACAAAAAUUUGCUCUCAGUCACCUCCGCAUCUUGUCAGGUGCCAGCCUCUCAGCUGAUGGAAAACUCUUUGCUGUUUCAAACAUGCAGCAGGGCUUCGAUGUUUAUAGCAUCGAAAGUGGGGUCCAUGUGCGAACUUUUCGGGAACAUGACUGCUCCUCUGAAACGCAGCCCUUUCCAGCUUUGUUCAUACAAGGUGGGAAGUGGCUGCUUGGCGGCGGUAUUGGUAAAGCAACAAUCUGGCAUGUUGGGUCAGGCACUCAGGUACAAGUUUUACUCAAUGACGGUGAACUCACUCAUCCCGUUCAACACCUUGCUGCAACAUACCAUUGUGCUGCUCAUGGUGAGCGUUUUCAAAUUGCGACUGCUUCAGACAGGGGACGCACCAUCUCACUAUGGCGCGCACAAGCAAUAGGGACAAAGGUGGAGCUGCCUUAUUCCGGAGCUAUUGAGGUAAGGAGGCACCCGAGAGUGGUGUGGAAGUGGGUCUUUUCUAUGAUAAUAGUAUGUAUUGCAGGUGCACUCUAUUACAUUGAUAAUUUCGCCACCUUCAGGAUUUAACUUAAUGUUUGUACUUAGUAUACGGGCGAGUAAAUGUGUAUAUAGAGACUUUUCGUCAUAUGCCUAUACUUUACAUUAUGCAUUGAAAAUCUAAAUUCAACGUAGAUCCGUAAUGGAUGUAAGUUUUGUGCUAGCAACGUUUCGUAGAUAUUUCGCGCUUUGGGUCAUCCGACGGAAGGAUUGACUCGACACAGCACUGAAUCAGGAUUGUCAAACCUCGCUGGAGAUGUCCUGGGAAGGAUACAAAGCUCCUCCACUCUUCGUAAUGAACCAGACCAGGGGGAACCUCGAUGUAGCGAAGCCCUCCAGCUUGCAUACCUAAAAGCGACUGCUCCCAAACUGGUGGAACGUCGCUCUCGCCCACGACGAUGCGAAAUGGAUCCCCAUCUACUUUCCAUGCCCUUGCAAGAAGUUUUGCACUUUCUUUCAUAAAAACCGCAUACCAAAUGUCAAUCUGACUCCCCAACCGAA